AUGUUUGAUACUGGAAAUAUGUACUGGGGAAUGACAUCAACUUCUAGUGGUUGGCAAUCCACAUCGGAUUGGAGACGUUAUGAAACAUCUAGAAAAAGGAAUGAUGUACUUCCUACGACAUCCAUCGGCGAGGGGACCUCGUUCAUUGCAGAUGAUAGUGGGUCGGAUGAUGAGUCCGAUGUGGAUCCACGUCAAGAGCUUGGCCUCGAUGGUGCAGAAGUUGAAUUAUUUUCUGAACUGGAGCCUAUUCCAACCAUACCUAAAGAUGUUGAAGGGGACAACAUGCUGCUUAAGGUCCAAGUGAUUUCCGAAGAGAUUGUAAAGCCAUCAUCUCCGACUGCCGAUAGACUGCGUCGAUACCAACUAUCGUUCCUAGAUCAAUUAAAUGCCUCGUUCUAUAAUGCUUUGGUCUAUUUCUACCCAAAAAUAUGCGAUACUGAAGCCAACAAAAUCACAGUUUCCAAUCGGUUGAAACACUCCAUUUCCAAUGCCCUUACCUAUUUUUACCCACUGGCUGGUCGGAUAACGGAUGACCAGUUGUUUGUUGAUUGCAACGAUGAGGGGAUACCCUUUUUGGAAGUUGGAGUGAAGUGCCAACUUUCAGAUGUUUUAAACAAUCCAAUUCCCAAAGAACUCAACAAGUUGCUUCCUUUUGAUUUCCAUGGUGCUAAAAAAGUUCCCCUUGGAAUCCAAUUCAACGUUUUCGACUGUGGGGGGAUAGCGGUUGGUGUUUGUAUUUCCCACAAAAUUGGAGACGCCCUUUCAUUUUUCUCGUUUGUGAAUAUGUGGGCAGCCAUUGCUCGUGGAGAGACGAAUUUGAUUGCCCCCGAAUUCAAAUCAGCCUCGCUUUUCCCACCACGAGACCUUUGGGGAUACACGCCAGGAGCUAGUUUAAUAAAAAAAGGACAAACAAUAACCAAGAGAUUCGUGUUUUGUGCCACCAAAGUGGAGGAAAUUAGAAGAAAAUAUGCUGAGAAUACUAACCAAACACGCCCGACUCGUGUUGAGGCCUUAUCAGCUUUCAUAUGGGAGCGUUUCCUUACUGCCUUUGGUGCAAGAUCAAGACCAGAUACGCUUUGCGCAAUUGUUCACUUGGUAAAUUUACGUGCGAGAAUUGAGCCUCCAAUGCCGGGUUCUUUAUUUGGAAACCUUUCUGGCUUAGCAAUGACUAUCCCAUCCAUGGACAGUAACAUCGUUACCCAAAUAAGAGACUCCAUAAAAACAGUGAACAAGGAGUACGUGAUGAAACUAAAAAAUGGAUAUACUCACCAGGAAUAUCUUAGGGAUAUGGCAACAAGUUAUGGCAAAGGCGAGAUGGUUACCUUAACGUUCACAAGUUUAUGCAGGUUUCCUAUGUACGAAGCUGAUUUUGGUUGGGGGAAACCCAUAUGGGCUGGCUCUGCAGAUCGACAAAUAAAGAAUGUAACUACUUUAACGGACGCCAUAAAUGGUGAUGGAAUAGAGGCUUGGGUUACCUUAAAUGAAGAAGAAAUGGCGAAAUUUGAUUGUGAUGAGGAAUUGCUUGCAUAUGUUAAUAACCCAAAAAGCUUGUAA